AUGCGUACCACGCAACUAAUGGUUUCACUUCCCAAGGGAAGAGUAAAUAAAAACAAGGCAUUUCAACAUAGCGGUGUAGAUUAUGCUAGUCCCUUCGACCUUAAACUUUCCAAAGGUAGAUCGACGAAGACCUACAACGGUUUUAUUUGCAUAUUUAUUUGUUUGGUCACAAAAGCUAUUCAUAUCGAGCUUGUCUCAGAUAUGACUUCCUUAGGUUUUUUGGCUGCAUUCCGAAAGUUCACUGCGCGAAAAGGAAGCUGUAGUCACUUGUACAGUGACAAUGGAACCAACUUUGUGGGAGCCAACAAAGAGCGUCUAAAGAUGAAUCGUCAAUUUCUUCAAAUUCUUUCGCCUGACGUCCGUGCCCAGACGGAAAAUGAAGGAACUUGCUGGAGUUUUAUUUCGCCUGCCUCGCCACACGUCGGUGGAUUAUGGGAGUCAGCAGUAAAAUCAGUUAAGUACCAUCUUAAACGUAUUUUGUUUAAUAGAAUUCAUUCAUAUGAUGAAAUGUAUACACUUCUAGUUCAAAUCAAAGCCUCACUAAACUCCAGACCGCUGUGCCCACUCACCGAUGAUCCUAUGGACUUAAGUGUACUCACUCCUGCCCAUUUCCUUAUUGGAGAGCCUACGAAUAUUGUUCCAAAACCAUCACUACUUGAUCUUAAAACAACCGACUCAACAGAUGGCAACAUAUCCAACAAAUGUUUCAGCACUUUUGGUAUAGAUGGCACAAGGAAUUUCUAUCACGCCUUCAACAACGUCCAAAGUGGACCAAAUCCAAAAAAAACAUCGAAAGAAAUGAUCUAUAGUCAUCAUCAAAGAUAA